UAAAAAUAAAAAUAAAAAAAAAUAAUAUAUAUAUAUAUAAAUAUUUAAGUGUGAAUUCAGUUAGAAACUCUUUGAAAUGUCAAAUCUUAAAACCACAAAGUGUCUGCAGGUGUUAUUGAUUUAUGAUUACAUAUGAUCAUAUAUAUGAUAUUCGUAAUGUUCAUAGCUGUGUUGUUUGUGUGUCUGCAGCGAUGGAUCACCUUAACUCCUCCCUCCUCCCCACCAACCAAUCACACUUCAGAAGCACCUUUACCCAGCAGGUGCUGCCUUCGCUCUACCUGCUGAUCUUCGUGGUGGGCUUGGCGCUGAACAGCGUGGCCGCCUGGAUCUUCUUCCGGGUGCCCAGCGACUCGGGUCUGGUGGUCUACCUGAAGAACAUGGUGGUGGCCGACCUCCUCAUGCUGGCCUCCUUCCCCUUCAGGCCAGCGGCUCAGCUGGGCCUCGGCGGCUGGCGCCUCCACGUAGUGAUCUGCCGCUACACCUCGGUGCUCUUCUACUCCUCCAUGUACGUGGGGAUCCUGUUCAUGGGGCUCAUCAGCCUGGAGAGGUACGUGAGGAUCAUGAGGACCUCCACCUCCUCCUCCUCCUGCAGGUCUAGGUUGGGCGGGGUGUCCCCGCUGCACCUCCUGCAGAGUGUCAGCUUCGCCCGUGUCCUGGCACUCCUCACCUGGAGCCUCCUCCUCUUCUGCAUGCUGCCCAACGUGAUUCUGACCAGCCAGCUGGCGGACGAGCAGAACAGUCGGCACUGCAUUCAGCUGAAGACGCCGCUGGGCGUGUGGUGGCACCGGGUGUCCACGUACUUCAGCGUGGGUCUGUUCUGGGUCACCCUGCUGGUCCUGGCCUACUGCUACACCGCCAUCGCGUGCCGGGUCUACCGGUCCUACCGCCGCGUGCGCCGCCCCGACAACAGCAGCGACGUCUGCAGGAAGUCCAACCGCAGCAUCUUCAGCCUGCUGGCGGUGUUCUUCGUGUGCUUCGUGCCGUACCACAUGUGCCGCGUGCCGUACAAUCUGAGCCAGGGGCCGGAGUCAGGUUUUAGUUGGGAGACCCGGUUCUUGUUGCUCCAGCUGAAGGAGGGGACCCUGUUCCUGUCGGCGCUCAACGUCUGCUUCGACCCGGUCAUCUACUUCCUCAUGUGCCGCACCUUCAGGGAGUCGCUGCUCCGGAAACUGUCAGGGAGAGAGCGGAGGAGGUCCAUGACCUCGGCCCAGAGUCUGAGCCACAUCUAG